CUUUUUGCCCCUUGUGCAUAGUGGAGGGCCCUUCCUCAACGGCUUUUUGCGGCUCAUGCAGGUCGCUCUUCCGAAGCUAUUUCCCUCGGUCAUAAAUGAGUGAGCCAUGUCGGUCACCGCCACGACUUUCUUGAAUAAUCCGCUGCUCAAGGUGAGUCGUCCGGUUGCCGCUUGCUCAAGAUGUCGGACGGCGAAGAUCAAAUGUGACGGCAAGCUCCCCGCCUGUUCCGCGUGCGAGAGGGUCGGCAAAGCUAGCAGUUGUUCCGGAGCCAGCGAUGAAUUUGCCAAAGGCAAAGAGAGAAGUUAUGUGGCGUCAUUGGAGGGGUACUGUGAGAAGCUCGAGAAGAAGAUCUCUCAGAUGCGUGCCCGUUCAACCUCGCUGUCCGCUGAGGGCAAUGGCGUCGCGCGGGAGAUGUCGAUCACCUCGAUUUCAUCCGAGGGACCAUUGGGACCGGCACACCGCAGAGAGGUAUCCGAUAUUGAUGAUCUCGUUGGCGAUUUUGGUUUCCUGUCGGUCAACGCGACAUCGCGUGAUUUCCAUGGCAUUACCUCCAACACCUCUUUCGCGAACCUCCUUCUAUCAGUCGCUCAAGUCGAUUCUCCUCCACCAUCCUCUCCUCACUCUCUACCUGCGCGCCAUGAAGCAACCCCAUUGCUACAACACUAUUUCGACAAUGUGUUCGUCCAGCUGCCCUUCUUUGUCGAGACCAGCUUUUGGACCUCGGUAGACGCAGUAUAUCAAUCAGGCGGCCGGUUCGCCAAACCUUUUGAUCAUUGGAUGCUGCGUAUGGUCUUAGCCAUUGCUUCGGCCUCUGUUUCAGAGCAGAAUAACGACAAGAUGCAUCAACGGGCAUGGGCUCUCGUAUCAGAGGCCUUGACAUAUGCCGAAGAAGUCCUUCGCCCGGGAUCUAUAUCAGGAAUCCAAGCGAUAUUACUGCUUGCUCAGUAUUCUUUUGUUGACCCGGCUCGCUUUCGCAGUUGGUAUUUGGUCGGUAUGGCUGCCAAAGUUGCGAUCGAUUUGGGCCUGCAUCAAGAUCCGCCUACUGAGGUUUUCACCAACCAGGACCGACUUGAUAUCCGUCGGCGAGUUUUCCAUUGCAUCUACUGUCUGGACAGAGGAUUAAGCUCCACUAUACAGAGAACCUUUACGUUCUCCGACGCAUCUGUAAAUGUUGCAUUGCCAUCAACCAGCGCAGCCCCUGGGGGCUCCCCGGAACAAAGCCACGUCUUUCUACGAAGUCCAGUCCCUGCUUUGCAUAUCGUGAAGAUUCGACAGAUUCUAUCUGUCGGCUACCAAGAAAUGCAUUACAGCGGGCGCGAACCAUCCCCGCAGCCUCUGGUGUUAGUAUGGACUCUGUGCUGGCGAGCUCGGGAGUGGUAUCAUCAGUGCCCGAAGAACGCCCCUAACCACUUCUCACUUUUGUAUCGCCUCGAGCUGCUAUACACAAUCAUUAUCCUCCUAUCACCAUCGCACCGAUACCCAACGCUGCACGACUACAACAAAGCCCUGCUCUUCGACCGAUGCAUGGACUACAUCAGCCAGAUCCACCAAUGCUCUCCCUUCUUGACAUAUCUCGACAUCCAGCGAGUCCACCAAGUCGGCCUACUCUUCAUCGACGUAUUAUCCGAGAACUACGACCAACUACUGAGCGGCGCUGUGCCCGCACCGCCUCACGUUCCCGCCGGGACGCCCGACCCUCCCGUACUGGGUGACGAUGACCUGAUCAACUGCCAUGCACGCGCCAUGCGUUGUCUUGGAUACGUCCGUGACAUGCUCAAGUAUUGUGCCAGGAAAUGGGAUUUGCACGGGCCUCUCGAGCAGUUCGAAUGCGAGUCUGCUUCUCUAGAGAAGACAUUGAUGGAUAGCUCUAUGGGCUAUAUGUCAAAUCAGGAUAUGUACUCGUCAGGGAUGCCGCUGGUCGGCGAUGGAUAUCCGGGAUAUCAUCUGGGGCUGUGA